AUGAAUAAAGAAGAUUUAUCAAAUAUUUUGGAAAAUGAAAAUCUUAUGACUUCUGUGCUUGGUGAAAUUUCAGAACUUUUCAAAACCAAUCAAGAAGAACUUAAAUUUCAAUUACUUGAUUUUUUUCAUGAAUUAUUUUCUCUUUUCAAAGAACAAAAAAAUUAUAAUGUGAUUAUUAAUAUCAGAGAUGGGUUAAAAGAUAUUUUAAGUAAUAAAUUAGGUAAUGAGGAAAGAGAUAAAGCAUUAUCUUUGGUAAUGCUUUUACUUGAUCGUUUUGGUGGCAGAUGGCUAUUCUCACCAAAUAUCGAUGAAGACUUUUCACAUAAAAAGCUAUCAAAAUAUCCAAAAGAAAAGGUCAAUGAAGAUUUUAAAUUUGCUGCACUGGUGAUACAAUUGGCAUUAUGUUACACUAUUUUAGAAAAAUCAAUAGAAUACUUUUCACAAUUUGAAAAUUAUUUGAAUUCUCAAGAUGACAAUGUUGAAGUUGCUAUAAAAUUUGAUCCAGAAAUAUUAUUAAAAAUCAAAGGGAUUUUAACUGAAACAUUUAGAGCAAUAAUUGAUAAUUUACUUGAAUUCAAAGAAUAUACAAAAAAUGAUGUUAAAGCAGCAAUUAAUGAUUUUAAAAUUUUAGCAAGUAUACGGGUCCUUUCAUCAUGGUUAGCUGAAGAAAAUGAAUUUCAAAAAGAAGUUUCACUUCUUAUGCCAUUCUUAAUCAAUAUUUGUUCUUAUAGUGAAAAGGAAAACUUGGAAUUAAAUCUUGUUAAAAUUAUGAUGCCAGCUUAUUUGAAUCUCACAUCUCAGGAAGAACCUCAAGAUGCUUUUCUUUCUCAUGGUGGUAGUAAUUUAAUAAUUAAUCAUAUACUUAAUAUUUGGUCUAAUAUAAACAGCAGUGGUAGCAAUAGUGCCAGUAGUAGUAAUGUUGAUAAUAUUAAUGUUAACGAAAUUUAUUCAAGAGAUUUUGUUAAUGAUGUUCUUGGUCCAAUACAAGUUUUAUUAAAUAUAAUUGUGUCAGAAAGAGAAAAAUUUGUUAUUAGAAAUGAGAAAGAAAUAUCAAAAGUCAUGAAAAUAUGCUUUCAAAUCUUAAAUCUUCUUGAAACUGAUUUAUAUCCAAUACCAAGUCAUGCCGAUUGGACCUAUUUACAAAAAUAUGGUGUAAAAGCUAGUAGUGGUGAUGGUAGAGCAUCAGCAAGAGAAACAAUAGGAAGAGUGGCAGCAGGAGCUAUUGCAGAGAAAUAUCUUAAAAUGGUUUAUAAAAUAGAUAUUGUAGCAUUUGUUUCUUCAGUCUCAAAUAUAAAAUGCCUUUUAUCAAAGAAAUAG